UCUCGGUUAGCAGGUUUGGAUGAUCCAGCGUCCUUUUGGAGCAGAGUUACCCUUGAAAAGUGGUCAGAGUUGUCCUUUCUCCUCCAUCUUUAACUGGCAGAUGUUUGAAAAUGUCCGGGUUUCGAGGUCUUUCAGAAGAGGUUCUUCCAGAGCAGCGAGAGAGGAGCUCCGGUCUGAACCAGGAGAUUGCUGGGCCUCUACACAUUAAAGAGGAAGCAGAGGAUCUGUGGAGCAGUCAGGAGGAAGAGCAGCUUCAAGGACCAGAGGAGGAUGAUAUCAUCAAGUUCACUUUUGUUCCUGUCCCUGUGAAGACUGAAGAUGAUGCAGAGAAAACUCAGUCCUCAAUGCUUUAUCAAAGAAAAACUGAACAGAAGCACACCAGAGCUGGUGGAGAGAACUGUGGAGAAUCAGAGGCAGCUAGGCACUUGGAGCCAGAGAAAGAUUUACAACCAGAGAUUGAAGUCGAGAUUGGAGACUUCUCUGACCCUGACACUGAUGACAGUGCUGAUUGGAAGGCAACAACAGAGCAGCAGACAGGUUUAAACUCAGUGAAGGAAAUCAAAAUUAAGAAAAGGAAGACUGGCAAGAAAUCAUACAGCUGCUCUGAGUGUGGUAAAAGAUAUAGUUACAAAUUUCAGCUGACACAACAUAUGAGAAGUCAUGUCGGACAAAAACCCUUCAGCUGCUUAAAGUGUGAUAAAAAAUUUACACAACAAUGUCAUCUAACUCAGCACAUCAAGGCUCACACAAAAAGGAAACACUUCAACUGCUUGAAGUGUGAUAAAAGAUUUAACAGGAAAGUUUUCUUGACAAGACAUAUGAAAACUCACUUACAUAGCUGCUCUAUUUGUGGUAAGAUGUUUAGACUCAAUAGUCAAUUAACAACACACAUGAGGAUUCACGCUGGAGAGAAACCAUUCAGCUGCUCUGAGUGUGGUAAAAAGUUUUAUCACAAAAGUAACCUAAGCCGACAUAAGACAACCCACAGUACAGAGAAACGUUUCAGCUGCUCUGUGUGUGAGAAGAAAUUUACCCUUAAAGACAAUAUGAUAAAACACAUGAUUAUUCACACAGGGGAGAAACCUUUCCUCUGCUCUGUGUGUGGCAAAAGAUUUAACACAAAAGGUAUUCUUAGAGGUCACGUGAGAAUUCACACAGGAGAGAAACCCUUCAGCUGCCCUGAGUGUGGUAAAAAGUUUAAUCAAAAAGGUAAUCUCAUCCUCCAUAAGACAGUCCACACUACAGAGAAACGCUUUAGCUGCUCUGUUUGUGGAAAAAAAUUUACCCUUAAAGAAAAUAUGACAAAACACAUGAUAAUUCACACAGGGGAGAAACCUUUCCUCUGCUCUGAGUGUGGUAAAAGAUUUACCCAGCGAGCUAGUCUCACCCGGCAUAUGAUUGUCCACUCUGGAGAGAAACCCUUCAGCUGUUCUGAGUGCGGUCAAAAAUUUUCAUAUGAGUCAAAUCUGAAAUCUCAUAUGGCUGGUCACAGAGGAGAGAAACCCUUCAGCUGCUUGGAGUGUGGCAAAAGCUUUAAGUUUAAUUAUCUUCUGACUCUCCACACUGCUCAUCACAGAGGUGAGAAACCCUUCAGCUGCAAUGUUUGUGACCGAAGGUUUGGCUGGCCUACUCAGUUGAAAAGACACAAGUGUGUUGGUGGUCAAGCUUCAAAGCCUCCUCAAAACCAUACAGAGGAGAACGGAGAGGCAGAGACGGGAGCUGAUGGGGAGGACUGUGGAGGAUCAGAACCAGCCGGGAACUCAGAUCCAGAGACAAAUAUACAACCAGAGACUGAAAUCAAAACAGAAGACUUUUCUGAACCUGAGAUUGAAGACAGUGAUGAUGUUUGGAAUACGGUCAGAGAACAUUGUAAUGUUUGAACACAGAAAUAAUAAAUUACCAUUAGGGUUAUGAGAUGUAAUACUGUUAAGAGAACAUUUCAAGUGUGGUAUCACAACUGGAAAGUAAAUCUGGUAUAUAUCAAAAAUACACUGAUAAAUCUGAAUUAUGUUUUCCUAGCUCCCAACCCCAGGUUGAAUAAUUGCUAAACUGUCAUAUGUGGAUCAGCUUAAUUUGAUUGAUUUUUUUUGUAUAUGUCCAUGAAUUAAUUCAGUUCUUUUGUUCUUUUUGUGUAAACCUUGUAAUGUGUUAUCGUAACUCUUAACA